AUGGGUCGCGAGGUCGAGUCCAGCGAGGUGGAGGUGGAGGCGUUACCCACGCCUCCUAAGUUCGAUCUGAACAUCGACUGGUCGCAAGUUAAUCUCGAGGCGCUUCAGUUGCCUGAAGGCGAGGACUUCGACAUUAAGAGCGAGGACGAGGAGGAGGAGCUGGAGGUGGUGGAGUCGGAGACGGGCUUCGGGAACGUCAUCGUCGUCGACAACCUGCCCGUCGUGCCGCCCGAAAAGUUUGAGAAGCUGCAGACCGUGGCCAAGAAAAUUUUCGGGCAGAUUGGGCUGAUUCGGGAGGGGGGCCUGUGGAUGCCCGUGAAUAAGGAGACGCAGAAGACAAACGGAUAUGCCUUUAUCGAGUAUGCCACUCCCCAGGAGGCGCAAGCGGCGCGGGAGCAGAUGGACGGGUACAAGCUGGACAAGGCGCACGUCUUUAAAGUUUCCAUGUUUGACGACUUCGAGAAGUACGCGCGCGUGCCCGACCAAUACGCGCCGCCGCCGCUCAAGGAGUACACGCCCUCGGAGAACCUGCAAUGGUUCGCGGCGGACGAGCGCGGGCGCGACCAGUUUGUGAUCCGCUUCGCGUCGGAGACCGAGGUCUACUGGAACGACGCGCGCGCCGCCAAGCCCGACCCCGUCUACCGCCGCACGCCGCGCCCACGGAAGGGGAAGGGGAUUGAGCGGCAUGGUUGGGGAGGGAUGAUAGACGCUAUCCCAUUCUUCUCCACCCCCCUCUCCACCCCCCUCUCCUACCCCCUCUCCACCCCCCCCUCCUACCCCCUCUCCACCCCCCUCUCCUACCCCCUCUCCACCCCCCCACUACCCUCUCCUCCCAACCUCUCCCCCUCCUCCACCUUCUCUCCCCUCUCCCCGCCCUCCCCCCCUUCAGUUUUGGACGGAGAGCUUCGUGCAGUGGUCGCCGCUGGGGAGCUACCUCGCCACCAUCCAUCGCCAGGGCGCCGCCAUCUGGGCCGGCUCCUCGUGGCAACGCAUCAUGCGCUUCGCACACCCGCAGGUGCGCCCAAUUCACUUCUCGCUGGGGGAGCGGUUUCUGGGGACGUACAACAGCCAGCCACGAGCCUGCUAAUGCUGUGCCCUCACCAUCUCGUGUGUCUCUUCUCCCCUCACGUUGUGCCGUGCUGCCGUAUUCUCCGUCCGUUCCUCCUUUCCCCUCCUCAGGUGCGCCUGAUUGACUUCUCGCCGGGGGAGCGCUUCCUGGUGCGGCUGAUCGACUUCUCCCCCGGGGAGCGCUUCCUCGUGACGUACAGCAGCCACGAGCCCGCCAACCCGCGGGACACACAGAAGGUGGUGCUGAACGUGUUUGACGUGCGUACCGGCAAGAGCAUGCGCGAGUUCAAGGGCGCCGCGGACGACUUUGCUACUGGCGGCGCCGGUGGCGUUGCCGGCGUGCAGUGGCCUGUGUUCAGGUGGGCCGGGGGGCGGGAGGACAAGUACUUCGCGCACAUGGGGAAGAACUGUGUGUCGGUGUAUGAGACGAGCACCAUGGCCUUACUUAACAAGACGUCCCUCAAGGCGGACCACGUGCACGACUUCACGUGGGCGGGCGGGCGGGAGGACAAGUAUUUCGCGCGCAUGGGGAAGAACUGUGUGUCUGUCUACGAGACGAGCACCAUGGCGCUGCUGGACAAGAAGUCGCUCAAGGCGGACCACGUGCACGACUUCACGUGGUCGCCCGCUGAGCCCAUCCUGGCCAUGUACAUUCCCGAGUCCAAUGGCGGGAAUCAACCUGCUAGGGUGAGCCUUGUUGCCAUUCCAUCGCGCGAGGAGCUGAGGCAAAAGAACCUAUUCAGCGUGAGCGAGUGCCGCAUGGCGUGGCAGAGCGCGGGAGAGUACCUGGCAGUCAAGGUUGACCGUUACACCAAGACCAAGAAAACCACCUACUCGGGCUUCGAGCUCUUCCGCAUCAAGGAGCGCGACAUCCCUAUCGAAGUCCUUGAGCUGGAAAACAAGAACGAUAAGGUCAUCGACUUUGCGUGGGAGCCCAAGGGGCAUAGAUUUGCGGUGAUUCACGGGGACGGGCCGAAGCCGGACGUGUCGAUUUACACGAUGAAGCCGGCGGGGGCGGGCGGCGCGGGGGGCGUUGUGAAGGUGGCGAAGCUGACGACGCUCAAGGGGAAGCAGGCGAACACGCUGUGCUGGUCGCCCAUGGGGCGGUUCCUGGUGCUGGCGGGGCUCAAGGGGUUCAACGGGCAGUUUGAGUUCUUCAAUGUGGACGAGCUGGAGACCAUGGGCACGGGGGAGCACUUCAUGGCCACCGAUGUCGAAUGGGACCCCACCGGCAGGUACCUAGCAACGGCGGUGACGUCGGUGCAUCAGAUGGAGAACGGCUUCCACAUCUGGUCCUUCAGCGGCCGCCUGCUCUACCAGCUCCCCCGUGACCGCUUCAUGCAGUUCCUGUGGAGACCCCGACCCCCCUCCCUGCUGCCCGCGGAAAAAGAGGCAGAAGUUUCCAAGAACCUGCGCAAGUACAGCCGAAAGUACGAGGUGGAGGACGAGGAGGCCGGGGCGGCGUCAAGCGCAGCCGAGGUGGAGAGGCGGCGCAUGGUGCUGGACGAGUGGCGGCAGUGGCAGGCGGAGUGGCGGCACAUAGACGAGCAGGAGGAGAAGCUGCGGGCAGCGAUUAGAGGAGGCGUGAAGGAGGAGGAAGAGGAGUAUAAGGCGGAGGAGGUGGAGGUGGAGGAGAUUAUUGACAUUCAGGAGGAGAUUGAGAGGUUUGAGUGA